UAUAAAGAAAAUAAAAACUUCAGAAAGACUGCAAGGAAUGCCCAUAAAACUCCUGCAAUAUAGAAUUUUUGAAAUAUUUGCUUUAAAGAAUAAAAUGCAUAAAAAUAACAAAACACAUAAUAUCAGUCAGUGACAAACACUGUAAUCAUAGACUGUGAUGUACCGGUAUGUUGAAAGAAUGUCAUGUCACCUUUAUCGAAUAAAGUUAUAAUGCGAUAUAUUGAAUUAUUGCCCACCGCUAGUUUUCAAAAACACUCAUAAUUCCCGAGGCCAAAUUUAAACUACUAGGAUCUCCGUCUUUUUGUGGAAACUGAAUGUAAGGAGGUCAGGCUUGACACUUUGUCUCUCGUUUCUGUUUCAGGCGAGAUGGUGGUGAUGGACCGUGCUUGUGACACGCGUGGGCGGAGCUUGUCUGAUUCCUCCACAUCCGUCUGCUGUCCAAAGCCUCCGUCCCAUCAAGCCCAGCCAGACGGCUUCAGGUGUUCCCAGUGCAGUCAGAGUUUUUCUACACCAGCAGCCCUGAGAAAACACUUCAACGCCAGCCACGGGGAGCAGGACACCGACGGCCCGUUCCUCUGCAGUGAGGACGGCUGCCGGUUCAGCACCGACGACCGUCAGGAGAACCAGAACCACCUGAUGGCCGCGCACGGCCUGAAUCUGGUCCGCUGCACCGGCCGCUCCUGUAAACGCUGCUUCCUGUCGCAGGAAGAGAUGGAGAGCCACCGGAGGAGCCACAUGCCGUUCGGCUGUCUUCACUGCCAGUCUGCGUCUCAGAACCUGAAGGAGUUCAGGACUCACAUGUUGACGCACAAACAUCUGGAAAGCACCUGUACAGGGAUCCAGAUUGAGUCACCUGCAGAGAAACAACCAGGAGCAGCUGUGGAGAAAAACGUCUCUACAGCUUCAGCUGCAUCAGCAGCGCCAUCCACAGCGUACCUGUCUGAGGGAUCCGAGUCUCUCUACCGGACCCACGCCUGCCCCAAAUGCCGGCGCUGCUUCAAGAUGCGCUCCCACCUGCGGGAGCACCUGCGCCUUCACUUCCCUGAUCCCGGCCUCCAGUGUCCCACCUGCGGCCGCUUCUUCACCAGCCGCAGCAAGCUGCGCGUACACCGCCUCCGGGAGGCCGGGGAGAAGCUCCACCGCUGCCCUCUGUGCCAUUACUCCGCCGUGGAGAGAAACGCCGUCCGCCGCCACUUGGCCAGCGUGCACGCCGACGAGGAAGAGGCGUCCGUGGGCAGCCAGAGCUUCCUGUGUCCCGCCUGCGGCCAACGCUUUCACCGCAGCAGGGCCCUGAAGGCUCACAUGAAGACGCACGUCGUGCUGCCGGACGGCGCGCCGCUGCCCUGCUUCCAGGACGGCUGCUCCUUCCAGACCUGCCAGCGCCGAGAGCUCAUCAGACACGCCGCCGAGGAGCACGGCGUCAGAGCCGCCGAGUGUCGUCACCACGCCUGCGGCGCCGUCUUUAGAUGCGACGCGGACAUGGAGGAUCAUUACCGCACCCACCUGGCCUAUCACUGCGCAGAGUGCAACUUCUCCUGCUCCAAUAAGAACGUCUUCCUGCAGCACCGGCGGCUCGGCCACAGCGGCGAAGAAGAGCUCCGCUGCGCUUUCUGCCCCUUCGUCACCUUUAACCCCGUGGAGUUCGAGCAGCACGUCGCACGUCUGCACGCCACCGAGAAGAUCCACCGCUGCCACCAGUGCAGCUACGUCACCUCGCAUAAACGCGGCCUGAAGCGGCACCUCCUGAUGCACAGCGGCGAGAAGCCCCACAAGUGCAGCCUGUGCGAGUUCAGGUGCAGAGACGAGUCCUACCUGUCCAGACACAUGCUGGUUCACGCCGACGACAAGAACUUCAUGUGUGCCGAAUGUGGAUACGUCACCAAGUGGAAGCAUUACCUCACCGUGCAUAUGAGGAAACACGCUGGAGACCUCAGAUACUCGUGUGAUCAGUGCUCCUACCGAUGCCACCGGCUGGACCAGCUUAAGAGCCACGAACUACGGCAUCAAGCCAAAUCGCUCAUGUGUGAGAUCUGCGCGUACGCCUGCAAGCGCAAGUACGAGCUCCGCAACCACAUGCUGGCCAAGCACUGUGCGGAGGAGGAGGAGGAGGAGAAGUCGACCGCAUACAAGUGCAAAUACUGCGCGUACAGCACCCGCUACCGGCAGGCGCUGCAGAACCACGAGAACUGCAAACACACCAAGCUGAAGGAGUUCCACUGCGCCCUCUGCUCCUACUCGUCCUACAGCAACGUCAGCCUCUUCCUGCACAAGAGGAAAGCCCACGGCUACGUGCCGGGAGACGCCGCCUGGCUGGAGAACUACGCGGCCAAGGAGAAGGAGAGGAGCUCGGCGGAGUUCGUGGAGGACUUUUACAGGAAGUCAUCAGUGGCUCACGAGUUGCCGGGACAACCAGCGUCUGGGACGCAGCAGAACCAACCAGGAAGUGGUCCGGUUUGUGACUCCGGUCACGAAGCGGCUUCAUUUAGAUCCGCCGGCAGUCCGGAGCAGUUCUGCACCCUGGUGCUCACCACACUGACCUCCACAGAGGAGCAAAGCACAGCCUUACUGAACCAGGGGGAAAACCACAAAAGCAACGCCCCCGACGCGACACAAGAGACGUUAGGCCCGUCUACGCCGACGAGCUCGCUGGACCAGGACAACGCGGACAUGCAAGACGGACCGUGUGAGCAAAGUGACGUAGAAGAUGCAGCCGAGCCGCCGACAAGCCAAGCUGCUGAGUCUGUGGACGACCGGGCGUCACGCUCCGAGGUCCGACUGAAAGCUCUGAGGAAACACGACAAGGACCAGGCGGAGGCCAUGGUGCUGGAGGGACGGGUCCAGAUGCUGGCGGUGCCGUCCGAGGACGUUGAUGGUGUGUCCCUUCAUCGGGGCAGGAUGAAGGGGCAUGAGUGCCGGUCCUGUGGCGUGACGUUUAAACAGAGGCGUGGGCUGGACUGCCACCUUAAAAAGAAGCACCCCUCACUUCCAGAGGACACAACAACAUCCAUCAGCAUUUCAAACGGGCUUCUGACUUCAGUGGAAAAUCCUGCUGCAGCGGUGGAAACAAGAUCAGACCAGAUGGAGCCUCUGUCGUCUGCGAAUGAGAUGAAAGGUCAACAAGGAGAGGCGUGCAGCUCCCCUGGCAGGAGAACCACGGUACCAGAGCCUCCAGCAAGAGAAGUCCAGGCAAAUAUGCUGCCAGACGACCAAAUCCAGAUGGAAAGAUCCACCAAAAGACCCAAAUUAUCACAGAGCAGAACCUUUUAUGUCAGAAAAGGCGGGAAAUUCAAAUGCAAGCUGUGCAGGUUUUCCUCAGCCAAGCUGGCAGCAGUUAAAAGACACCUGCUGACCUGCCGAGAGACUUUAGCUCAGAUCGUUCCUGAGAAGAUCAACGAAGGGAAGGAAAGAGCCAAAAUCAUGACUGGUCCUUCAGAGGAACCUCAGCUGCUUGGAGCGUCUUCAGAUAAUCACGAAAAUAAAGGUUGCAUGAAGCCAGGAGACGUCCAGUGUCCCGUCUGCUGUUUUGUAGCUAAAUCCAAGCGUUCGCUAACCCGCCACACACGUUCUGAACACGAGGAAGGAGCGCUUCAGGAUCCAGCACAGAAACGGUUGCGCCGCGUGGAGCAGAGCGCCUCUUCGCGUAAACGCCGAGGCGCUCUGCCGCAUCGCUGCAGCUACUGUCCCUUCAGCACGUCACGGCGCUACCGCCUGGAGGAGCACAGCUCUCUGCACACCGGAGUCGGCCGUCACAGCUGCGACGUCUGCAGCAAGACCUUCGGCGCCGCCGCCAAGCUGCGUCAGCACAGGACGCGCGUCCACGACAGGCGGCCCACGCACUUCUGCCCGCUGUGCGACUUCGCCGGCUACGCCCCCGACGACGUCGGCCGGCAUCGCCGCCGGUGUCACUCGGGCGAGCUGCGGCACGCGUGCGGCCACUGCGACGCCCGGUUCGGCUCCGAGGUCGCCCUGAGGAACCACUGCAAACGGGCGCACCGGCUGCAGGUGAGCUUUACGUGCCAGACGUGUGACUUUAGGUGCAGCAGCAAGGUGACGCUGAAGCACCACCAGCAGAGCUCGCACCCUGAGGUCAAAUGCACCACCUGCCAGGAGGCGUUCCAGACCAAAGAAAGCCUCGACGUCCACCAGAGGACCCACCUGGCACACCCGUGUCAGCUCUGCGCCUUCGCCGCCCGCACCAGGCAGCUGUUGGGCCAACACCUGCUGAGCGAACACGAGGGCGGCACGUCGGAGGACAAGCCUCUCAGGUGCAGCACGUGCGACUUCGCCUGCCGCCAUCAGCUGGUGUUGGAGCAGCACCUCCGCGAACACGGCAGCAAGCGCAUGUACAAGUGCACGGACUGCGAGUACGCAACCCGGAACAAGCAGAAGAUCACGUGGCACAUCCGCAUCCACACCGGGGAGAGGCCGUACAGCUGUGAGCGGUGCAGUUACACCUGCGCCGAUCCGUCCAGGCUGAAGCUGCACAUGAGAGUUCACCAAGAAGAGAAGAAGUACCUUUGCCCGGAGUGCGGCUACAAAUGCAAAUGGGCGACUCAGCUGAAGUACCACAUGACCAAGCACACAGGGGAGAAGCCAUACGCCUGUGGUGAGUGUGAAUACCGCACCAACAGAGCGGACGCCCUACGCGCUCACCGGGACACGCAGCACUGCGACGUCCGCCCGUACGUCUGCGAGAAGUGCGGCAAAACCUUCAAAACUAUCUUCAUCCUGAAGACCCACCAGAAGAAGCACACGGACGACCGGGCGUACUCGUGUGGCUUGUGCCAGAAGUCCUUCCGGUGGCCGGCGGGUCUCCGACAUCACUUCCUGUCCCACACGGAGCAGCGGCCGUUCUCCUGCCGCCACUGCUCCUACCGGGCCAAGCAGCGGUUCCAGGUGGUCAAACAUCUCCAGAGGCACCAUCCUGCGGAGUCAGUGGAGCAGGGGGUGCUGAGGGACGCUAAAGGUGGCGUCCUCACCCUGAAGGAGGCCCUGCAGGGGGCGCUGCACACUGGAGCUGUCAGCGAGCAGCUUCCUCCUACCAGUGAAGGAGAAGGGGGUUCUGAAGCAUAGACAUUACCGUAUUUUUCAGACUAUAAUGC